AUGAAUCAGGCUCCUGGCGACCAUUGGCGUGGCCAAGGUCCUCCCUCGUCCGGCGAGAAUCAGCAAGCAAACCGGCCGUAUGGCGCGUUCGGGUCUGGCAACGGAUCAACGCAGCAGCCUCACGUCCUGCCUCCACCGCCAUCCUCUGGCUUCCCACUUCAGCACGGUCAACCACAGUCUGGCCAUGCAGGCGACAGACUCUCGAUAGCAGACUUGACCGCAGGAGUUCCCGCACAGUCUCAGUACAACACUGCACCUCCUCCAGCACAUUCACAAUCACACCCUAUAAGCUCACUGUCAGCUAAUCUCCCACAUCAGUCCCCAGAAUAUGGAAAUCGAGAGCGGGAAAUCAGAGAAUUACGUGCUCGUGAGGAGAUGCGUGAGCGAGAACGACAAGAAAGAGAAGCCAGAGACAGACAUCUUGAACGUCUAUCUAGAGAACAACAGCAGGCACCUCUUCAGAGCCACGUAGGCUCUCUACCACUACAUCAGCCUGUGGCCUCGAAGGUUCAGGGUUCGUUGCAAGGACCUAACGGCCUCCUCGGGGGUGGAGGCGCAGGUGUUCACACCACAAACGCUCCUGUUCCCUUGUCUCAGCAAUAUCCUCAGCAUCAACUGCCACCGCAGAGUGCAGCUCCGAAUUACCUGACCCAACCACCACCGGCUACAGCCCACUCAAACAUCGCAGGUGGUCAACAACCAAUACUCAAUGACGCAUUGAGCUAUCUAGAUCAAGUCAAAGUCCGCUUUAGUGAUCAGCCAGAUGUUUACAAUCGUUUUCUGGACAUUAUGAAGGAUUUCAAGAGUCAGGCAAUCGACACUCCAGGAGUGAUCUCUAGAGUCUCCGAACUUUUCAACGGUCAUCCUGAAUUGAUUCAGGGCUUCAACACUUUCCUACCUCCCGGAUAUCGUAUAGAGUGCGGUACCGCAGAUAACCCCGACGCGAUAAGAGUCACUACACCUUCGGGCACCAUAUCCCAUUCGUUACAGAACAGGAACCGCGACCCAUUUGACACAAUGCCGCCGGCUGGUCUUCCUAGACAAGAUACUGUCGAAAGCACUCGUAGUUGGGCACAGCAGAUCUCUCCUGCUGCACGUCACGCUCGACUGCCGGGCUACGAUCCUGAUUCCGAGGCAAUGCUACAAGAUCAGAGAAACGUCUCGCAGCUGCAGAACGCUGCAUCCGCCGCCGCGAACGGCCACACAAGGCCUGCUCAAGGCUCCUCACCAAUACCAGGCCAGCAAGGUCUGUACCCCCAGCAAGCCAGUCUUUUUGGAAACGGCGCUGAUAUCAAGCGUGGUGGCCCAGUCGAAUUCAACCACGCGAUAAGUUAUGUAAACAAGAUCAAGAACCGAUUUGUCCAGCAGCCUGAGAUCUACAAGCAGUUCUUGGAAAUCCUCCAGACAUAUCAACGAGAAUCAAAACCAAUACAAGACGUCUAUGCUCAAGUAACUCAGCUUUUCAUAUCGGCACCUGAUUUGCUUGAAGACUUCAAACAAUUUCUGCCGGAGUCGGCUGCUCACGCAAAGGCUCAAGCUGCUGCCCGCGCACAACAAGCCGAUGCUGAAACGUCUUCAGCUCGGAACGAACCAUAUUCUGGAACUUUGCCUCAGACACAAACACCACGACCUAAUCCCAAAAUGCCGCCCAUGGGUCAAUUUGACCCUCCAAGCACGACCAAAGAUAACAAGAAACGUAAGGCGCCUGUUCCUGCAGCAAGUCAGCCUCAGCCACAGAGCACACAGGAAGCACGAGGACGAGGCAUGGACGCUCAACCUGCGAGCAAAAAGCAGAAAUUCGACAACAAACAGAAGAAUACAGAACUACCUAUCGCUCCUCCGGUUGAUCCAACCCUCGUGCCAGCAUUACCAGAGCCGUUACCACCAUCUUCCACUGCAAGCACCUCACAGGAAGAACUCGGUUUCUUUGAGCGGGCCAAGAAACAGAUUGGCAACCGAGCUAGCUAUGCCGAAUUUCUAAAGCUCAUUAACCUCUACUCGCAAGACAUCAUUGACAAAUAUGUGCUGGCUGACAGAGUACAAUCUUUUAUUGGUAGCCAGUCUGAUCUGAUGGCCUACUUUAGAGGCGUUCUUGGCAUCGAAGAACAGGACGAGAUUGUGGAAGCUCGUAUGAGGUCAGAGACAGGCAGAGUCAAUCUUGCACACUGUAGAGCUUAUGGACCAAGCUAUCGGCAUCUCCCGAAACGAGACCAGAACAAGACCUGCAAAGGUCGUGAUGGAAUGUGUUACGAAGUGCUCAACGAUGUCUGGGCCUCACAUCCCACAUGGGCGUCCGAAGACAGUGGUUUUGUUGCCCAUAGGAAGAACCAGUACGAGGAGUCGUUGCACAGAAUUGAGGAAGAACGACACGAUUAUGAUUUCCACAUUGAAUCGUGUCUGCGCACAAUUCAACUCAUGGAGCCUCUUGUGCAGCAAAUCAAUGUCAUGAGUGACGAGGGAAGGGCAAACUUUCGAGUCGAUAAGACCUUUGGCGGUGCUAGCGAAGCCAUACCAAAACGAGUCAUACUUAAGAUCUAUGGCCGGGAGGUUGGUAACCAGGUACUCAACGAUCUUUUCGUUCGGCCAGCUCAGGUUAUGCCUACGGUGUUGAAUCGCCUCAAGCAGAAACUUGAGGAAUGGAAGCAGGUCCAACGAGAAUGGGAAAAGGUUUGGAGGGACCAGAUUAACAAACAAUUCUGGAGAAGCCUCGAUCAUCAGGGCAUUGCACAAAGAAAUGCCGACAAGAAGAAUUUUCAGCAAAAGACGUUGACCAGCGAGAUUCAAGCAAAAUACGAAGAGCAAAAACGCAGUCGUGACCAAGGCGCUCGAAGCAAGACAUACCAGCUCGAAUAUCAGUUUGCUGAUGAAGCUGUGCUCAUGAACACAACGCAACUGAUCCUAGCUGGUUUAGAAGUCGACAAGAGCGACAUCAACAGCAAUGUACAGACCAAAAUUAAGAGCUGGCUGCAGGAUUUCGUCGUUAAAUUCUUCGGCCUUGAGCGUGAGCAGUUCAUCGAUGAUGUCGAUGCGGCUGUACAACAGGUGUUGAGCCCUUCAGAAGAUCGCGUAGACGAAGCCGACAGCGACGCCCAGGCUUCUACGUCACGUAAAGCCAGGUCGGCUAUCAAGACUAGCGAGUCACUCCGACAUCGUGCUCUGAUGAAUCGCAAUGGCAAAGAGGACAGCUUGGCACCUACUAGCAAAGAGUCGACUCCUGCCCCAGAAGCACCAAGCACAACUUCCACGGAGCAAGAGCACGAGCAGUCUGGACCUGAGGAGGCGAUGCAGCACAGAAAAUGGAUCCGCCUGAACAAGACCGAGUCUCGAACGAUUUUUCAAGAGCUCGAGCUGGAUGAUGCUUAUCCGCAUGAGACUUUCAAUUUCUACGCCAACUCGAAUCUCUAUUGCUUUUUCCGUCUCUUUGAGAUGCUCUACAGCAGACUUCUAGCUGUGAAGAAGGAUGAGGUCGCAGUCGUCGAAGCGGUUCGGCGCUUCAAAGGAGACGGCAUGGCUCCAAAAGCCGCUCUUCCAUUGAGGAUGGUUGAUAAGACUCCCCAAGAUUUUUUCAAAGAGGUCGAUGGGUCGCGCACCUACUACGAUCAAAUUGUCGAAAUGAGCUGCGAGGUACUGCUUGGCCGGGUAGAUAGAGACUACCUGGAAGAAACGCUCCGUCGUUAUUACAACAAGUCUGGCUGGCAGCUCUAUAUGGUGGACAAACAUGUGCAUGCCAUUCUUCGCUUUCUCAACACCAUCAUGGUUGCGGACAGCAAGGAAAGAAGUCUUGAGAUAGCCAAUCUGUUCUUCAAAGACCGCGAAAGGCAGGAAACCACACGAAAGAUUGAGCUACAGUAUCGAAAUGCAGUCAAGAGGAUGUCCAAAGACCAUGAAGUCUUCAGAAUUACUUGGAAUCCAACUGAAAAGAGCUGUACUAUCCGCUUGUUCCCACCAGACGAUACGACAUUCGAUAGCAAUGAGCUAUCAGAUGAAGCUCAAUGGCAAACAUACGUGGCUUCAUACACCAUGUCCGAACCGACGGAAGGUAUCGAUCCGGCAAAAGUUCGUCGACCAUAUUUGCAGCGCAAUAUUCCACUGCAAAGCUCGAAUCCUCAGAUCUCGUACGCGGAGAACAUUGACAGCCUCAAUCACACUGACCAACAAUUUGCAUACAUUGGUGCAGAUACCUACAAGCUCUAUCUUAGUGGGAUAUUUGCUUUUGAGCGACAAGGCGUCAGGGCAUCGGGACGGUAUCUCGCUGGUGAGCAAGCACAAAGUGAGCCAUUUAGGGAAAAGUUCGUGCGUAAUGUGAUUUGGAUGAAAGACCAGCCCAUGGAAGCGGUUGAGGCAAGGCUGGCGGCAUGGGAACGAGGUCUUCGGGAAGGGCUACAGGGCUUUGAGGAUCAAUUUAUGGACCAAUAG